GCACGUUGGGUCCCAGCAAAACUCCCGCUGGGGUAGCUGUCCACCACCUAAUUAGUGGCGAUGGUCAACAAAGGCCCUCUUUUCGCUAGAUGAGGAGCCGGCAUCCAAAUAAUCUUCUAUAACCUCUGAGUCUCCUUACAUAUACUUUGUAAUAUUCUUCAGGUGAAGGUGGUUGUCUGUUUGGCACCUAGCACGUGAUGAGCAUCAGUGCUCGGCGGCUAACGGUUCCAAUCUGGAACAACUGCCCCUCUCAGCCUGAUCCAACCAACAGAGGCUCAAUCACCAACAACGUUUCGCCUAAUCGCAGGCAAAACAGCAAUGUUUGCUCUCGUUUUAGCCGUCACUGAUGAAUAAAAUCAACCAAUACAUAUUAUCUAUUCAAGAUGGAUGUCUUCAAUGGGCUGACGGCCCUCGGCCGCUUUCUUGGCGGCGACAACCUCGCCUGCUGGGGCCCGCCUAUAAUGUUGGCUCUUCCAUCAUUGUUAUUCGUACCAUUAGCUAUCGCACGUUUGUUUGAGCUGUGCUUUGCAAAGCUCCACGUAACGAAGCGACAUACUUCAAGAGUACUCCCAAUGUUCAUGAUUAUCAUAUGGUUGUAUAUAAACGUCUUACAGAUAAUGCUAAAGGUAGGAGAUGGUAAAAUGAUAACUGCAUUUGACAUAAAUCCGGCUGCCGUUGUCAUUGGACCAUCAGCAAUCCUGGUGUUAAUUGUAUCUCUCAUCGAAGAGGUGCGCCAAGUCCGACCAUCAGCGCUGCUGACUGCAUAUCUGACUACUACAUCCAUUUUUGAAAUAUUUAUGUGUAUCUGGUGGUCAACGCCUUCAGUUUAUCCCACCAGUUGUUCACAGCAUUACAGUUUGCCCUACGGCACUGCCCUAGCUGGGAUUGGUAUCAAGUUGAUUGGUAUCAUCUUGACGCAACAGCCGUGGCUGUUCUGGGACGAAAUGGAGCGCAGGAUAGAAACCGCUACCGACUUCGUUAGCCUUGCUAUAUCGCACUGGAUGAGUCUAUCAAACUUAUCGGGAUAUGCUCCAGCCCAUCCUGACAACGGGGGAAAAUGGGCCGACUUCGACAUACCAGGCAUAUCUGGUUCGCUUAUUGAGGGAUACAACCUAUUUAAGCCACUAUCAAUCUCCCUCAGAGUGGUUGCGUACCUACUUUGGCACUUCGUGUUGUCAAUAUGGCCUCAUCUAUGUCUGCUGGCCCUGCAGGGAGCGCAAUACGUCUACGUGGUAGCUCUGUUGGAGCGACUAUACAAGAAACAGAUCAAGUAUGAGAAUGAAGGAAUCAUAUUCUCUAGCAUCUGUGCGAGUAUAUUUUUAUCGGUCGCUAUAUUUACAAGCUAUACUGGAUACUACAAUCGGCGUGCAGGGGCGCUGACCCGGGCGUUUCUCUCGCAGCUCAUCUUUGACAAGAUGACAACGUUGACGGCUACUACAACCGACAAUGCAAUCGCCAUGACUAUGUUGAGCACCGACGUGGUGGUUAUCGAAGAGGCUACUCGGGCUAUACAGACCACCUCGAUAAGCGUUAUCAAGGUCCUCCUUGCUGGCUGGGUAGGGUCAGAGUAUUUGACCCCAGCAUUCUUCAUCCCACUCGUCAUCUGUAUUUCUACGACUCUACUUUUUGCGCUUAUGAUUGGACUUCUCAAUUCCCGUGAGUUCCAGUGGUUCGGCAUGCUGCAAGAUCGUCUGCGGCUGACGAUUGAGACAAUCACCAACUUGCGCCCCCUGCGCCUACAAAUCACAUCUGAAGACUCGUCGCUAUAUAUCCAUGCUCUUCGCGAAGAUGAGAUUCACGUCGGGUCCAAGGGCCGCAAGACUAUGUACGCAGCAACUUCUAUGGGCUUUCUUCCGUCCCUUCUUCUGCCAUCUCUUACUUUCAUUUUCACACACAAGGUCGAAGACAUCACCAAUCUCUACGCUUCAGUUUUGGGUGUAGUGUCGGUUUUGUCACCUCUUGCUUCAUUAUACCAAUCAUUACCAGCCAUAAUUGGCGGAGUUAAUUCAUACAGGCGAAUACUGGUCUAUUUGAAGACUCCACCGCAAGCAUCGUACCGCACACCGCUGAGGGAGGAAAUUCAGCUGCCAUAUGCUGAAGUUGCCUUUGAUAUGCAUGAUGCAUCGUUUGGUUGGUCGCAGGACGAAAUGGUUUUGAAUGGACUAUGUGUAAAAAUCCCCCGUGGAUGCAUGACCAUGAUCGUUGGUCCCUGCGCAUCUGGCAAAUCAUCAUUAUGCACUGCACUGCUUGGUGAGAUACCAGUUGCUACUGGUAGCAUCAAAACACCUUUCCACGACAAACCCGCCUCCUACUGCGCGCAAUCGCCAUUUAUUAUGGAUGCUACAUUCCAAGAAAACAUUACCGGCUUCUCCAACUUCAAUCAAGAUCGAUACGAUGAGGCAGUCUGGGCUACUAUGCUCGAAGAUGAUGCCGCUCGCCUACCCUUGGGCCACGAUACCAUGGUGGGAGAUCAGACUGGCAUUCUCAGUACAGGGCUCAGGGCUCGUAUAUCUUUGGCUCGGGCUAUAUAUGCUGGCAACGAACUCGUCAUCCUGGACAACUCGCUAAACGGGGUGGACUUGGCUAUGGAAGAUGAAAUUUUCGCAAGAGUGUUUGGUCCAGAAGGUGUACUCACUGAACGAGGAUGCACUGUUAUAUUUGUCACACAUUGGAUGCACCAUGUUACAUCUGCAGACCACAUCAUUGCGCUGGGCGAUCAUGGAGUGAUUCAAGAGCAAGGCACUCUCAACCUGCUGCUAGAGCGAGGCGGAUACAUAUUCGAUAUGGCAGUGUCCUAUCGCACACCUCUACGAGUAAAGCAUGUUGAUUUGGCCAGCACUACGCGUUACUGGCCACGUGCGGGCAGGAGAAAGGUCGAAGUUUCCAAGGAAAAGCCGCAACCUAAGAAGAUAUAUCUGGAAAAUGAUACAUCAGACGUUGCCUCAUACUACUGGGAACCCGCCAACAAUGAUUGGGGUUUGGCAGUUUUUCUCCUUGCAUCUCUAUAUAUGCUCGCGGCGGCAUUUUGUGCCAUAUGGCUGUCUUUGUGGACAUAUCCUCACUUUAACGGCUCUAAAACCUUCUAUGUCUGCUACUAUGGAUUCAUACGAGGGGUUGAGCUAAUCCUCCUCGCCACCAUAUGUGCCAUGGUGGUAACCGGUAUGGCCUCGGCACCGAGCAGAGUCAUCCACAAACAGAUAAUCAAAACGCUUUGUCUAGCAUCGCCAAACUUUGUGGCAAAAUGCAAUAAAGGGGCUCUUUUAUCCUAUUUUGCCCAAGAUAUUGUCUUUGCGGAUAGGCUUCCAGCCCCUACAUUUGUCAAUAUGAUUAUCCACCUUUGUGUCCUCUUAGGAGCAAUGUCAGCUGCUGCUUAUCCUUCCCCUUGGGUGGUAUUUUGCUACCCCAUUGUUGUAUUCAUUCUGUAUCAAUUUCAAUUGAUGGUCCUAAGGGGUUUGAGAGUACUGCGACAGGGAGAGCUGCUAUCACGAGAUACGAUAUACACGCAGAUCCUUGAUGCGAAUAUCGGCCUGAGCACAAUACGGAGUACAGGAUGGAUUGGAGACCAAAGACGGCGCCACAAGAGCCUUGCCGAUGCAUCUCAACGCCUCACAUUCAUUGUGGCUCUCGCCCAGGAGUGGGCGCAAGGCGCAGCUAUACUUCUAGUAGGUAUAGUCUUCAUGGUGUUGUGUAUGACGGGUCUGCGGAUAAGAGACCAAUCGGGCUUUACAGCAACAUGUUUGAUUACAUUGGUAUGCGCCGUGGACAAUUUUCCCAACAUGUUCCAAUGUUUUUCAUCCGCCGAGGCUACCAUGGGAGGACUGCGACGACUGCUGGAAUUUGAGAACAAAGUGAAGCCUGAGAGUGAAGGGGAGACUAGCGACUACUCUGGGUAUAAUUGGCCCGCGGGCUCGGUCAAAAUCCAAUCCAUCUCGGCUUCUUACGCGACAACCACGGCCUCCAACCAACAGCCUGGCGACCCGCCAAUCCCUCUCGCCUUGAACAACCUAACACUGAAUGUCAACUCUGCAGAAAGGGUGGCUAUUACUGGCCCUUCUGGAAGUGGCAAAACGGCUUUGAUGCAUCUUUUACUACGAGUGCUAGACCCCUUACAGGGCGCACGCGAUGUCCGUGUAGAUGGCAAGCGGCUAUCACAGCUGAGGCGGGACAAGGCUCGGCGACAGAUCCUUGCGCUUCCAUUUGAGAAUGUAUUUCUACCCGGACGCCGGACCAUUCGGGAAAACAUGACGCUUAAUACGCGCCUUCGCGAUAAAGAUUCCGUGGAGGCGCUGAAACUUGUUGGUCUUGAGAAGUGGCUAGAAGAGAAUGGCGGGCUUGAUGCAGUAUUAAUGCCCUGGAAGCUUUCCAAGGGGCAGCAAACGCUGUUUGGCCUGGCACGCUUGGUGCUUGUACAGCGCCAAUUGGACGAUGGGUACCACUCCAUGAACGGGUUGCUCAUGCUAGAGGAAGUUGAUGCACAUCUAGACCAUGACUUGCGAAGGGUGCUGCGCAACCUAUUCCGGAGCCGGCUCCGACCCUGUACGCUUAUUCUGAUAAGCCAUCGUAUGGACUUGGCGCGAGAUAUUUGUAAUCGCGUCGUGGCUAUGGACCGUGGACGCGUUGUCAAGGAUGGAGACCUUGCUAGCAUGUGCCAAGCGCAUAAAGUAAAAGGGCCAUGCUUGGGCGAUGGGGCGUGAUAUCGGUAAUGGCCGUCGUUAUUAGAUAUAUAUAUCCUGCUCUAAGAGUAGAUGGAGAAUAUACCACUACCUUCCAAAAUUGAACGUUCUUUCUAUUUACCUCUUUUCUUUGUUACAUUCUUCUAAACAAUGCCGGAACAUAACUAGUGGUUCAAUUUUUACUAGGUUUGUUCUAGCCUCUUGCACCCACGGCUCAUCCUCAUCAAAGGCUGCGUCUGCCAUAAAGAUAGUUGUUGUCUCGUUUUGAGUGAUUGUUUGCAGGCUUCCAUACAAGGCCAGCCUUGUCUGCACAAAGUUUACCUGAAAGGACGUCUUGGCGCCACAUAUGUGCGAGGAGCAACCACUCCGCCGCACGUUUCCAUUCUCCCACUUGUAAACGAAAGUCGUCGCUGAGGACAUGUGUCAUUUCUUUUAUAGCAGCCGGAUCCUUUUCGUCUAGUAAGCAUUCCUGCAUUAGGGCUCCAUAGGCAUGUAGUUGCUUUUCGUCGGUAUAAGGCACUGUUUGUAUCGGGGCAUCACCGAGGAGUCCAAACAAGCCAGAUCGGCGCCCUUCCGAGUAUGGUAUAUGUAUGCUAAUGGAGGUGAAGACUGUGUAAAUAUGUGAGUCUGGUGGAACAAACUCCACAAUAUCUGCCGCUUCAAGAUUUCUGUUGGCAACAACUUUACCGGUUGACACAUGCGGUGUAUGAUACUUAAAGAAGGACGUAUAUAAGACGGGGAAUUCCGUCAUAAUACAUCCCAGAAAAGACGUCGCCAUGUUCUUGACCGCUGCCUCGUCAGAGAAUGAACUUAAUGGACCUUCUUCAUCCAAGCUGCCAAACUCUACAUAGCGAAGUCGAGUCCGGUUGAGAUGCAGCGUAUCCAAUUGCGGUUGCACCCACAUAGGAAAUCUUGGAUCGUACUGGUGGUCGAACUGUUGGAAGUGGCCAUAGUGCUUAGCCACUUGACGGGUUUCUUGGCAAACGGAUCCAAUAAUAGGCAUUGUAGCAUUGCGCACCAUCAUUCUCCAUGUAUUGCAAACCUGGCUCGUAGGCAGUUCUUCAUUGUAGUAUAGUUGGUCUACUUCAGAAACUCGUUGCGGUAAGCAUUGUUUCCGGAUCAUACACCUAAUUUCUGUUGGGAGCUGUGAGAACUGGGGGGAAUUUAAUAGAGGCUUUACUUUGUGGUGGUUCAUCUUCUUGUUAAAUUCGCAUUGUGUUUGUUCCAGUGGCCAUCUCGCCAUUUAUGUUCUUGUAUUCGACCAGUUUUUGUUCUCCUAGUCUGCAGUGGAUCGGCGCAACAAGCCACAGUGGCAGCCUGGUGCGGCUGUUUGGGGCUUCUCAUUCAG